UUACAAGACAUAGAGAUCGUUGAUCAAGUGGAUGGUGAAGAUCGGGCUUUACAACUUAUUCCUAAAACACCAGAACAAAAAGGACUUCCCGUCAAACUUAUAGCGAAAUCAGUAGAACAGAAACAGGAAUGGAGUGAAGCAUUGAAUGUUACAGCAGUUCCUCAUGCUAUUGAAGACUUGGGGGAUGAAGAGCCAGUUCUUGUAAUUCAAGAGCCACAGAAGACCGUGGAAACUGAACAAAAAAUCAAACGAUCAACUACCCAACCGAAGCAUGAAGCAGAACCCGAACGAAAAGCAGCAAAAUUAGACGAAGAAAAACCGAAUUUAAAGAAACAGACUGAAACUGAUGCGAAAGUAGAAAUUUUAGAAGAUUUUGACGCAUAUGAAGAAAUUAAUACAGUUAUGACAGAGAGUUUACAUUCGGGAUCAAUAACGUCAUUAGAUGCAUCCGAAAUGGAGCCUUCACAGACCAAGCCCCAGUUUAAGAAGAGCCUUCGCGGAGUUGUGUGUGGACAGGGUGAGUCUGCCGUCUUUGAGUGUGAGGUGAAAUCCCAGUCUUCCCCGACAAUCAAGUGGUUGAAGAACAACCAGCCAAUUAACCCUACCAAUCGCCUAGAGACAAUGUCUUUGGGAAGUAAAUAUAGUCUGAUUAUCAAAGAUACAACCCAGAACGAUGCCGGUCUCUAUACAGUCAUGGUAACCAAUUCCCAGGGAGUUUCGUCUUGCAGUGCUCCACUGAACGUCAGGCCAGAGGACAAAGUUUUGUUUCAAGGGCUUGAAGAUGAAUUAUUAGGAAGUAAAACACCAAGUCCUGAACCAGGAAAACAACCUGCCUUUAAGUGGUAA